AUGGUGCUCAAGUUGAUAAAAUCAAUGGUAGAAGCAAUAACUCGUCCGAUACAACACUUGAUCAUCACUUAUCUCCGGUCUCUUUUCGGCUUUCCUUCGGUGACUCAUCACGACCAUGUCCAGGAUGAUCAUGUGAAGUUUCUAAUCGAAGACUCAACGGAGGUGGAGAAGAACAAGUUGAUCUAUGACUCCACUAGGGUUUAUCUUUUCAGCAAAACCAACUUUGAACUCUGCGUCGGAGGAUACAAGUGCGACGAUCAAUACCAAGGGGUCAAGCUCAAGUGGACGAUUCUCGUUGAUAAAACAAAUUUUUGGAAAAAAAGCUUCGAGCUGAGAUUUGACGAAAAGCACAGAGGUUUAGUCUUUGACUCUUACAUACCUUACGUCGAGAGCAAGGCCAAAGAGAUCAAAAGCAUGAAGAGAACCCUCUACAUGCACACAUUCUCUCAAUGGUCUGACGACGUUAAUUGGGAAACCAAGAGCCUCGACCACCGUUCAACCUUUGAAACGAUCUUUAUGAAAGAAGAGGUCAAGCACGGCCUCACCCAUGACCUAGACCGGUUCAUCACAAGGAAAGAUUUCUACACAAGAGUUGGACGACCUUGGACGAUAAAUUACUUGGUCCAUGGUCUACCGGGGACCGGGAAGACUAGCCUUGUUGCUGCUAUGGCUAACUAUCUUAACUCCGAUGUCUAUAACCUACCACUUAAGCAAGUGGUCAAAAGUGAUUUCGACCCAAGGAGACUACCUCUAGAAGUCAUGGACGGAUCUAUUAUCCUCGUGGAGGAUAUAGACUGCUCCCUCGAGGGAUCGACGUUCGCAUUAUCGCAACUGCUAAGGUCCCUAGGUGGGCUUUAUUCUAUCGACGGUGGCGUUGUAAUAUUCACUACAAACAACAUAGAGAGGCUUGACAAAAGAUUGCUAAGUCGUAUGCAUAGGGAUAUUUACAUGGGACAUUGCUGUUUUAAGGGAUUCAAAACAUUGGCGUCUAACUACUUGGAUCUCUCUGAUGACAAUCAUCGUCUCUACCCGCACAUUAAGCGUUUGAUUGAUGGACAAGUUGUUACACCGGGUCAAGUUGCAGAGGAGCUAAUGAAGAGCCAAGACGUUGAUGUGGCCCUUGAAGGUUUGGUGAGGACUUUGGAGAUGAUAAAAAGAGUUUAA